AGGAGCGCCUUUUUUUUAGUCCUGCACAACUUUCAGAAACUUGCCCUCUUCCUUUCACUUUAAAUCUACCCCCGUGAAAACAGCGUGCCCGCAGCGCUCCGGUUUCAAAGAAACCAAACACAUUUCAGCAAAACCGAUUCUACACCCCGUUUCAAAACUUUUCUCGGCUUUUUUUUUUAACGAAAGCCAUUACCAACUUCGGGAUUUAGGGAAAAGGCACUAUUGUUGCGAUCCCUCCCCCUUUCUUGGGAAGUGGGAGGGUUUAAGUAGGAGUAGCAAAAGAAGGAAUUGUUUUAGGAAUCAGUCAUCCAAGAAUGGUCCUUCCAUAUGGGCGCUGGGGGAGACCUACAAAAUGUCUGAGGUAUCGCUGUGAAUUAGUGUAGCAGCUACUCGGUGUAUUUUAGAGAAAACAGCCUACGGCUUGGGAUUUAACUUUCAGAAAGUGAGGGAGAGAAAUCUACACACGCUUUUUUUUUUUUGAACGGGUUACACAACUUUCGACCUAGACAGCGGAGAGGGAAGGCGAAGUUCUCGCAUCGUAGAAAAUGGCCGCCAUCGUGUGGAACGCAGCCGAAGGUGUGGCCUGGCUGGAGACGUCCCGUUCUGUACCGGUCGGGGCUUUGCAGCAGUCGCCACGGAGCAGAGCUCUCAACCACACCUGAUCCUUCUCUGGGGAGCCUUGACCAAUCAAACCUGGUUUCACAAACUCCCUUCGCUCAGCGCUGUGGUGAGCGCCCCCCAGUGGUUGGUUUAUGGAAGAGCACUCCUCCGCCAUUUGUGCCGGAUGAUGACAGACGCGAUUCCGUCGGACUGGAGGAGAAUGGCGCUGCUGAGGACGGGCUCCCUGGUGGUUGUCCUGCUGCUGGCGGCUGCACGCGGCCAGCCCUCGACCAGCGAUGACAUACCCAGGUUCACAGUGCAGCCCUCCUCAGUGGUGCAAAAGAUGGGGGGCAGGGUCACCCUGUUGUGCAGCGUGGAGCCCCUAACAGCCAAUGUCAGCUGGCACCUGAAUGGGCAGGAGCUGGGCGAGGGCAAUGCCAGUCUGGGGGUACUGGUGCAACCCGACUCCCUCGUCAUCCCGUCCCUCAGCAACCUCACCGUCGGGCGCUACCAGUGCAUCGCUACGACCGUCGCGGGAGCCCGCGCCAGCGUCCCCGCCAACGUCACUGCAGCAAAGCUGCGGGACUUCGAGCCCGACGACCAGCAGGACAUCGAGGUGGACGAGGGGAACACGGCAGUCAUCGAGUGCCACCUCCCCGAGAGCCAGCCCAAGGCCCAGGUCCGCUACAGCGUCAAGCAGGAGUGGCUGGAAACCUCGAAAGGAAAUUACCUGAUCAUGCCGUCUGGGAACCUGCAGAUCGUCAACGCCACCCAGGAGGACGAGGGCACGUACAAGUGCGCGGCCUACAACCCCGUGACGCAGGAAGUGAAGACCUCUUCCUCCACAGACCGGCUGCGGAUCAGACGCGCGAGCGCGGAGGCGGCGCGGAUCAUCUACCCUCCCGGCUCGCGGUCCAUCAUCGUGACCAAGGGCCAGCGCCUGGUGCUGGAGUGCGUGGCCAGCGGCAUCCCUCCCCCGCAGGUCACCUGGGCCAAGGACGGCGCCGACCUGCGGCCGCACAACAAGACGCGCUUCCUGCUGAGCAACCUGCUGAUCGACGCCACCAGCGAGGCCGACUCGGGGACGUACGUCUGCCAGGCGGACAACGGCAUGGGCCCGCUGGGCACCGCCUCCAUCGUGUACAGCGUGCAGGUGCUGGAGCCACCGGAGGUCAGCGUGGAGCUGCAGCCGCCGCCGCAGCAGCUGGUGCCCUGGGGGGAGACCGUGCGCUUCAGCUGCAGCGCCCGCGGGAACCCGCCGCCCUCCGUGGUGUGGCUGCACAACGCCCGGCCCCUCGCCCCGACGCCGCGCCACCGCCUGUCCGCCCGCCUGCUGCGCGUGCUCAGCGUGGGGCCGCAGGACGAAGGCAUCUACCAGUGCAUGGCGGAGAACGGGGUGGGCAGCUCGCAGGCCGCGGCCCGCCUCAUCACCGUGCCGAACGGGACGGCGUCCAAAGCGGGGAAACAGCUCCCCGUGGACUUCCUCCCUCUUCCCGAUGUGCUGCGGCCUUCGAGCCCAGACAAGAUCCUCAUAGACCGCACCUCGCAGAAGCCUGGGGCCGCGGGGCCGGCCGGUCCCCCAGACUGCUCAGGGCUCUCCGGGCAGGUGUCGCCAGCCGAGGCCCCGGUCAUCCUCAGCCUGCCCCGCACCGGCAAGGCCGACUCGUAUGAGUUGCUAUGGAAACCGAGGCAUGAUGGAGGCGCUCCUGUCCUGGAGUACGUCGUCAAGUACAGAAAGGCAGGAGACUCCUCCGACGACUGGACCAUGCUCACCGUCCCCGGGACGCUGCACAAGCUCGCCCUGACCAGGCUGGACCCGGCCAGCCUGUACGAGGUGGAGAUGGCCGCCCGGAACUGCGCCGGGCUGGGCCAGGCUGCCAUGAUGACCUUCCGAACCGGGAAAGGUCGCAGCAACGCGCAGAAGGUGCAAGUCCCGGGCCUCAGCGGGCAGGAAGAGUUUCAGAAGGACUUCGCGAAGGGGAAAGUGCUGAUGGAGGCCCGCCUGUCCCCUCCGGAAGCACCCGACCGGCCCACCAUCUCCAUGGCGUCGGAGACCUCGGCCUACGUCACCUGGAUCCCGCGGGGGAACCGCGGCUUCCCCAUCCAGUCCUUCCGCGUGGAGCACAAGAAGCUGAAGAAGGGAGGGGACUGGGUCGUCGCCGUCGCCAACAUCCCCCCCUCCCGCCUCUCGGUGGAGAUCACGGGGCUGGAGAAAGGCACCUCCUACAAGUUCCGGGUGCGCGCGGUCAACGUGCUUGGCGAAAGUCCACCCAGCGCUCCCUCCAAGGCCUACACCGUCUCGGGCAGCGGGCACCGCCCCUACGAGCGCCCCGUGGCCGGCCCUUACAUCACCUACAACGAGGCCAUCAACGAGACCACCAUCAUGCUCAAGUGGACGUACACGCCUACGAACAACAACACUCCCAUCUAUGGGUUUUACAUCUUUUACCGACCCACGGACAGCGACAACGACAGCGACUACAAGAAGGACGUCGUGGAGGGCGAUCGUUAUUGGCACUCCAUCACCGACCUGCAGCCCGAAACGGCGUACGACAUCAAGAUGCAGUGCUUCAACGAGGGCGGGGAAAGCGAGUUCGGCAACGUCGUCAUCCUGGAGACCAAAGCGCGCAAGCACUCCCGCCCCCCGCCGGUGGAGGCCACCUCUCACUCCACGGAGACAGGGGGCGCUGUGGCGACCGUGCCGCGCUCCAGCGACCUGCCCUACCUCAUCGUGGGCGUGGUGCUGGGGGCCCUCGUCUUCAUCAUCGUUGCCUUCAUCCCCUUCUGCCUGUGGAGGGCCUGGGCCAAGCAGAAGCAAACGACAGACCUGUGUUUCCCAGCUGUGGCUGCCCCAGUGUCGUCGUGCCAGUAUACCAUGGUGCCCCUGCAGGGUGUGGUGUUGACUCCGGGGCACUGCACUGCAGAUGCUGCCCUCCUGCCCCAGUUUUCCAGCUCCCACCUCCCUCUGCCCCUCGGUGAUUACACUGCCAACGGCAAGGUGCCUGGGUACUGCCUCUCCGACCUGCACCAGGGUGGUGUGGAGUGUGCGAUGGAGUGCAGCGCCCUGCUCCCGCAGGCUCCCAAUGGCAGACCGGCUGCCUGCCUCUACUCUGAAAGGGUCCCUGAAGCGGACCCAGAUGACCAGUGCUGCCUUGCCGAUGGCUCGGCCUGCCCGGGCCUCCGCACCCCUGCGGGGCCCCCCGGCUUGUGUCAGGUGACUGGAGGCGACUCCCACUGUGGGGCAAAGGGUACAGGCGGAGAGUGUCCCAUUAGCGCGGGCUUGCCGUGCAGCGCGGUCCUAACUCCGGUGGAAGAGGCCGAGACUCCAGAGCCCCUGCAGUGUCAGAGCUGCUGCGGUGCGUCGAGACCGUGGUCCCAGCAUGCCCUGGAACAGGAAGUGGCUGACACGGGCCACGGUGAAACAGACUUGGGUGAAAGGGGGGCGCAGAACUCAUUGGAUGAGUAAGAACUGUCAAAAAGAAAAAAAAAAGUAUUUAUUUUUGUAUAACAAACAUAUUUAUAUAUUUAUGCUUUGUAAAUAGUGAUAUGUGUUUUGUUAUACUGUACAUAUGGGGGGGGGACAUUUAUUUUUUUAAUUAUAGAACCAAUAAAAAGAGAUGGAUCUAUCCUGGUACAAUUCCCAGAACAACAGUUUUCUCUAGAGGAUAAAGGGAGUGUUUUUCUGUUGUGGCUCCAAUUUCUUCUUGUAGCAAGGAAAUUUCAACUCAUGCUCCACACCCGUUAUUGGUUUUAAUACAAGCGUUCCCCACGCAAUUUAUAUUUUUGACUUUUCCUUGACAACAAGUAGAGAAGCUGGAGUUAAAUUCCCAAGUUGCAAUAUGUUUCUUAAACGUUUGUGCAUUAAACAUGGAGAGGGGAAAAACCCAUCACAGCGCAUCAUCGGCUCAGCCACCGAGUCCCUCCAAGGGCCAUGACGGAGAUGGGACAGGACCGGCACCCCCAGGCAGCAGCCGUGUGUGAGAUCGUGGGGCACUAGAUGGCGAAGCUGCGCGGUGAAGACACCUGCUUUGUCUCCUCUUCCCGUCUCGCGUUCUGCGCUUCCUUCAGGAUCACUGUAACUGCGCCACAGGCUCGGGCCCCACUGUGCUCUGUAGAUACUGUAUAUGUGAGAUGGCAGAAACUGUCUGCAUUUAUUGUAUAGUAUUAGUUUUUGCAUGGUCAAAGUAUUUUGUACAGCCUUACAUAUAACUGAAUGUGAUGUGUUGGAGCAUUAACAAUAUUAACGGAAACCAUGAAUGUGAGUUAAAAGUGUGCUGCCUAUUGUAUCAUGGAAGGGAAAGGAAGCUUUUGUUUAGUUCUGGUGGCUUCAGAUGCUCUUAGAAAUCUGAAUGUAUCUUUGAAAGUGGAAUACUCUGAUAAAACUGGCUUUUAAUGACAUUCCUCAUGUUUAUUACUGAAUGGAUGGGACUUACUUAACUUCACUAAAUCAUUAGGAACCUUUUCCUAAGGGCGUAUCAUUUAUUCUUUCAAAACAAUAACACUACUGCUGAGUGAGCCAGUACUGCCUGAAGUGUUUCCUGUGUGUCUGACGAUCUGUAAGUCCCCACGGAUGUAUUAGUUAGCAGAAUUAUUGUAUAAGAAAGCUUAAAGCUCUAUAUUAAAUGUGUAUUGUGAGACGGGACACGUAGGGGUGGGUUUGUCAACACAGAAGUGAAAAGACAGGCACUGUUUUAGCUGGAAUCUUUAGUUGCAGAACAUGCGCCUCAGAGAUGAAGGAUUCUGUAUUAUUUUUCCAAGAUCAAGUGUCCCAGGGUUAUCUUUUACUGUUUUAUUACAUUAUAUGUAUUUCAGAACAAUAGCAAAUGCUUUCCGAGCAGGAACGCCUGUAAAUAAAGCUGAAGAAACUGA